AUGGCCGACAACGGCGAUCGCGUUUUCUGUCAUGCUUGUGGCGGAGUCUGGUUGCUGGACACCAGGGAAGACGGAAGUGAUAACAGCCAGAAGUGCCCACACUGCGAAUCUGAUUUCACUGAGAUUAUUGAAAUCCCCCCGGAAAGCCCUGAGCCUGAACGCGAAGCAGAACCCCAAUCGCCGCCAGUAAACCCGUGGGCAGAUCAUAACCCGUGGGCUCAAGAAGGAUCAAUACCACCUCGGACAUCCGGCUGGAUGGAGUCGGGAUCCCCUGGAUACUCCCACCGUUCGUACCAGUCCCCCGAUGGCCGCUUCACGUUCUCCAGCACCACGAUCGGUAGCAGCUACCCGUCACGCCACGAUGCUCAGCCAAAUCCAGUGCUGCCAUUGAUGAUGCAGAGCCUUGGUACUUUAUUCCAGGGACUGUCGGGGACGUACGAUAACCAUCAGACACAGCGGGGCCCAGGAAUGGGAAUGCCCCCUCACGCUCAUGCAGCGGGCAUGCGAGGAUCGGAUGUCAUGCAUGAUCCUUUUCAAGCUCAGGAAGAACGUGCCAGACGCCACGACGGUCACUACCCCCAUGACCCGAAUGGUCCGCAACAAAUAACAGCUCCUUUGCAAAGCCUAGCCGACCUUCUCGAUGCUCUCCAAGCCAACGGCGGAACUCAGAGAAAUACGGCCGGACGCGGCGCCCAGGGCAUGGCUUUGCAGAACCCUUUCGCAUUGCUCUCGGCUCUAAUGAACAUGGGCCAUAAUGGCGAUGCCGUUUAUUCUCAGGAAGAGCUCGAUCGGGUCAUAUCGCAAUUGAUCGACCAUACCCAACAAGACACGGCCCCUCCCCCUGCUUCAGAUUCCGACAUUGAUUCGCUGCCCAAAAAGAAGAUGACUAGGGAGAUGAUGGGGUCGGACGGCAAGGCGGAGUGCUCGAUUUGCAUGGAUUCCGUGGAACUCGGCACCGAGGUGACAGUACUGCCCUGCACCCACUGGUUCCAUUUCGACUGCAUCAAAGCAUGGCUGAGCCAGCAUAACACCUGUCCACACUGCCGAAGGAGCAUCAAUGCGACUGGCGUCACAAGCCCCGGCGAAGGCACCAGCGAGAAUCCGGUCGUGAUCCCAGACAGUCCCGAUUCCUCACCCCAGAGACGGCGUCGUCGCUCAUCUCCUUUCACUUCGCAAAGUAUCCGUAGCGCUCGGUCUUCUAGAUCGAGAUCAAGCCGUACUUCCCCUACCCCGGAGAUGGGCGAGCCUGGCACACGACGUGGAAGCGGAGGCGAAAGUUCCCGUGGCGGAAUAACAGGUUGGGUUUGGAGCCGAUUCGGUGGUAGUAGCAGUUGA